ACUAGAUGCCGGUCACAUUGGUCAGCUGAAACCAAAACACAGCAGUUAAAUACGAAUAAACGCGAAAAAUACAACUAAAAUGGAGACUGUAAAGGAAUUGGUUCAAUUCAUGCAGCCGAAUCAGCGGCUGGACUUAAAGGCAGUAGCCCUAACACAUGUUUUAGGAUUGACUGGCAGCACGGAGGGCAAAUCAGCUAUACUCUCGCUGGAUGAUAUGCUAAUGGCCAUUUUUGAACUGACAUUCGAUGGAAAUCAAACUGUGGCCAAGGAUGCGGUUUUAAGCCUAAUAAAUUUAACGGCCGAAGAGGAGGCAGCAAUUAAAGUUUUCCAACUGGCGAAACAAUUGCAACCGCCAUUUGCCAUCGUGGAAGUGGCUGCCAAGGAAAUAACCAACGAGCAAUCCGAUCUGGCUGAUCCCUGGAGCAUGGUCUUGAGCAACCUAACGCGAGUGGAAUCUCUGGUCCACGAGAUCCUGGACACGCUGGAAAAAGACGAUCAGACGCUGCCCCGCUUGGCGAAGGCCUUUGCGCAACUGGACUACAACAAAAAAAAGGCCAAGCUGCAUUACCUGGCGCCCAUCUUCUGCAAUCUGACGCAGGUUUCUCGAGGCAGAGAAUUGUGCUGCCAUCGCAAGUACCAGUUGCUGGAAAAACUACUGCCCUUCGCCUCAUUCGAGGGAAGUGUAGUGCGGCGUGGCGGCACCAUUGGCAUUCUGAAGAACGUUUGCUUCGACACGGUCUACCACGAUGUGAUCCUAAACGAGCAGAGCAGUAUUCUGGUGGCAAUCCUGCAGCCGCUGUGCGGUCCAGAAGAGUUCAGCGACGAGGACAAUGAACUUUUGCCCAUUGAACUUCAGUACCUGCCUGAAAGUAAAACGCGCGAAGAGGAUCCCGAUUUGCGGAAAAUGCUGCUGGAGUGUCUGUUGCAACUAUGCUCCACGCGUCGCAGCCGGGAGAUCUUGCGUUCCAGGGGCGUCUAUGAGAUCCUGCGGGAGUACCACAAGUGGGAGGCCAAGGUGGCCAAGGACAGCGACUGUCUGCUGGCCUGCGAGAACGUGGUGGACAUUCUGAUCAAAAAAGAGGAAGAGAUUGGCCUGGACAACUAUAAAACCGAAGUGGAAGUGCCUGCAGAGCAGUCAGAAAAAUUCGUCCAGGAAGACGCCGCCUAUGUGAAGACUUUGCUUGAUUGAAUCAACGUAGCAACCUGGACCGUUUGUAAAUAUGUGUAGUGUUAGUAAAAGUCAUAGACGAUAUCGAACUUUCAAUAUA